GGAGGCAGCACCGGCAGCACCGGGGAUCAGGAGAAGCCGCAGCGAUGUCGGAACGAAAAGUGCUGAACAAAUAUUACCCCCCGGACUUUGAUCCGGCCAAGAUCCCGAAGCUCAAGCUCCCAAAGGACAGGCAGUACGUGGUGAGGCUCAUGGCCCCCUUCAACAUGAGGUGCAAGACGUGUGGGGAGUACAUCUACAAGGGCAAGAAGUUCAACGCCCGCAAGGAGACCGUGCAGAACGAGGCGUACCUGGGGCUGCCCAUCUUCCGUUUCUACAUCAAGUGCACACGCUGCCUGGCUGAGAUCACCUUCAAGACAGACCCCGAGAACACGGAUUACACCAUGGAGCACGGUGCCACCAGGAACUUCCAGGCAGAGAAGCUCCUGGAGGAGGAGGAGAAGAGGAUGCAGAAGGAGAGGGAAGAGGAGGAGCUCAACAAUCCCAUGAAGGUCCUGGAGAACCGAACCAAGGACUCCAAGCUGGAGAUGGAGGUCCUGGAGAACCUGCAGGAGCUGAAGGAGCUCAACCAGCGCCAGGCCAACGUGGAUUUUGAGGCCAUGCUGAAGCAGUACAAGGAGCUGGAGGAGGAGCAGAGGCGCAAGGAGCAGGAGGAGGACGAGCAGGAGAUGAAGGCCAUGCUGGAGCAGGCCCAGAACCGCCGGCUCCUGGACGAUUCCGACUCCGAGGAGGAAGCAGCAAAACCCCGCCCGAAUCCUGCAGCCCCGACAAAACCCACAGACAUCCUGCAGGAGGACCCCCAGCCCCAGAGCAAGAAGCCGAGGACAGAGAGCUGGGAGAGGAGCGUGGGCAAGCUCAGCACCAAGGCCCAGCUGGCCGGGCUGGUGGCCCUCAGGAAGCAGAAGCCACAUCCUGCCCUGGAUAACGGGAUGGAAAGCCGAGGCAGCACGGCCAGCACUGGCUCGCUUCCAGCAGCAGCAGCAGCAGCCACGUCCUCCCUGGGUUUGUUGGGAGCCUACUCAGACAGCGAGGACAGCACCAGUGACUGAGGAGCAGGGACAGGGAUGGGGCAGGGACAGGGAUGGGGCUCUCCUGGUCCCUGCUGCUCCU